UCUGCUGUAACCAUGGCAACCGGGGCAUUCUUGCUGGUGUGAAGUUAAGAUGCUUCCCAGUUAACCACAGGUGCCCUCGGGGACCCCCACGGCCACCCCUGCCCUGUGUCCAGCUGACCCCAGCCCAGACGGGCAUGGUGGGUGCGAGUCUUAGGCUGGGUGGGCACAGUCAGUGGGUGGUCCCAGGGACAGGGCAGGCACUGGUGGUAGGUGGCAGCAUCUCAUCUUCCCAGACUCAUUGGCGCUGGGGCGUACAGGGAUUUCUGGCCUCUCUGGGUGUGGCCAGCUGGGGGUGGGGGCUUGGAGAAGUCUGGGCCUCCAAGACCCAUGGGAGAAGUGCACCCGGAUGCCUGGGAAGGCAUCCUGUUCCUGCUGACCCUCCCUCGGUAAAGAACAAAAUUAAAAGGCAGGCAGAGAACAGUGUUGUUGAUAAAAAGAAAAUAAGCUGAAAUGAGGAUAGAAAAACAAGAGUCUAGAAGUCCCUCAAGCCUGCUGGUAGGAGGCCAGACCAAGAUCCCUUCAGACUCCAAGAUUUGACUUAACCGACUCAAGUUCCACCUAUUUUUCUGGUGCCUCCCAUGUGCCUGCUGGAGAGUCACUCCCAUGGUGACAAGGACCUGGGCUGUCUUGUGCCUUUCUCCCAAUGCCUGGCACGGAGCUAGGAGGCGGUCCCGGGCUUGACCCUGCGAGGGAUUCGCAGAGGAGUUGAGCCCCCCCGGCCCUUGUGCAGGGAUACUGCAAAGGGUCAGAACAUUCAGACCAGGGGAAGGACCCAGACCCGGUGUUCUAGAAGCAGCAUGGGUGAGGUGCCACUCAAAAUGGUCUCGAAGGUGGGCAAUGUCCACACAGGUAGACGUGGGGAGGUGAGGACUGUGUCCCAGGUAGAGGGAACAGCACGAACAAGGGCUCAGUGGUGGGACAGUGAGACGCCAGGGUGGAAGGCUGGCCUGGGCUCCAGUGGCUCAGGCCUUGGAAGCCGGGGUGAAGAGUUCCUAAUUCAUGAGAGGAUGUGGAGCCCUGGAAGGUUCGUGACCUGGGGUGGGGUUGGGAGUUACUCUGCAUUCGGAAGAUCAGUCUGGUGGUACUUGUAAGAGUUGCUGUUGUACCUUCUGGGCAGGAAGUAAUGAGGGCCAGGUCCAGAGCUGGAAGCGAGAAGAGAAAGGCAUGGUGGAGGGGAGAAGACUCGUGAAGGUAGAUCGCGGAACCUGGCAAGGAUUGGCCGGGAUUUUGGGAUCCUCCUUGGCAUGGCCUUGGGGAACAAGGGUUUGGAGGUGUGGCCCUUGACCCAGAGUGAGGAGUGCGCGGUCACCGGCUUUCUACGGGACAAGCUGCAAUACAGGAACCGCCUUCAAUACAUGAAACACUACUUCCCCAUCAACUACAGGGUCAGCGUGCCUUACGAGGGGGUGCUCAGGAUGGCCAAUGUCACCAGGCUGCAGAGGGCUCGAGUGAGCCAGCAGGAGCUGCGGUACCUGUGGGUCUGGGUGAGUCUCAGUGCUACUGAGUGGGUGCAGGAGGUGCUGCUCGAGGACCAUCCAUCCUGGAAGUACCUGGAGGAGGUACAUACACUGCUUCUGGACGUCCAGCAAAGCCUUAGGGAUGUGGAGGUCAGCCCCCAGGUGGAAGCGGUGUUGUCACUCCUGAGUGCCCCAGGGCUGAGCCUGAAGCUGGUACGGCCCAAAGCCCUGCUGGACAACUGCUUCCGGGUCAUGGAGCUGCUCUACUGCCCUUGCUGUAAACAUAGCUCCGUCCUGAACUGGCAGGACUGUGAGUUGCCCAGCCCUCAGCCCCACAGCCCGGAGUCCUCAUCAUCACAGUGUGUGGCUGCCCAGCUGUACCCUUGGCCCCAGCAGCCCCCCACCUCCCUGCCCCGCUCCCCGGGAUCUGAGGCUGGAGUCCCCCCUCAGUGAUGCUGCCGAGGGCACGGGGCCAGGCCUCCUUCCAGAGCAGCCUGUAUGGUGACCUGGGUGGGGCAGCUGGAGGAGCUCCCACGGGAGUUCAGCUGGGCCUGACACUUGGCUGCGUGGUGGUGGGAGCCCCCGCUGGAAGAGGAACCCCUGGAAGGGUGUUUGUCCUUUGGGGAUUCUGUGCCUGAGAAGGGCUCAGCUUCCUGCCUUCUGUGCCUCAUGUGGUCUUACCUGGGGACCUGUGGGCACCUGAAGGUGGAUGAGGACCGAGCUCCCGCCCCACCUGGCACUGCCCGGGCCGCCUCCCUUGCCCGACGGCAGCACCGAACGUCUCCUAGCCUGCAGAGGCAAGAGCUGGUCGAGGGGCGGGUGGGCAUGGGGCGGACACCACUCCAUGAGGCCGGGGAGGGGGCAGAGCCCAACGCCACAUCUUGCCACAGUGGAUGCUCUUCCAGUUCCUUUUAUUUUUUCUAUUAAACACCUGCUUUGUUUUGUUUA